UCCGUUGCAGUGGUUUUGGAAGAGACGAGCUAAACGCGGUGUCUUGGCAAUCAUCGUGAGCCAGAACAUGGUCGCAGAAACGGAAAUCAUCUGCCAGAAGAGCAUUCCCAUGCUGGACGUGAAGUACCACCUUUGCGUGGUGCAAGAACACGGUGUUAAGGUUGAUGUUUCGCCCACCUCCAAUGUUGUUCCCAUUUUUGGUCACGUGAGGGUUGCCGCUGAAUCUGUUUCUACGGAAACCACUAGUUUUGAAUCGGCUGUGAGUUUGCAUGAGAUGAUUGGAGAUUCAACUUUAGAGGCUCCUGCUAUUAAGUUUACACCAGAUGUGCGAUCUGGCUGUUGUGCUGAUAUUGGACCUAGGGGGUCUAUGGAUGAUGAGCACAUUCAGAUAGAUGAUCUAGCUGCGCACCUUGGAUUCAACUUUGAGCAUCCUAUGGCAAGUGCGUUUUAUGCAGUUUUUGAUGGGCAUGGAGGGCCAGAUGCAGCUGUCUUUGUUAAAAACAACGCUAUGAGAUUAUUUUUUGAAGAUGCUCAUAUGCUGCAAUCAUACGAUGCUGAUGCACUUUUUCUGAAGAGGUUGGAAGAUUCUCAUCGAAAGGCGUUUUUGGGAGCAGACAUUGCCUUGGCUGAUGAACGAAGUGUUAGUAGUUCCUGUGGGACAACGGCGCUGACUGCUCUUGUACUCGGGAGGUAUUUGAUGGUUGCUAAUGCUGGGGACUGUAGAGCUGUUCUUUGUAAGCGAGGCGUGGCUGUUGAUAUGUCCCAAGAUCACAGACCGAGUUAUUUACCAGAACGCAGGAGAGUGGAGGAGAUGGGUGGAUAUAUUGAUGAUGGGUAUCUCAAUGGUCAUCUUUCUGUGACUCGUGCUCUUGGGGAUUGGGACUUGAAAAAUGCACUUGGUUCUGUGUCGCCUCUUAUUGCCGACCCGGAUGUUCAGGUGGUCACAUUGACAGAGGAGGAUGAGUUCUUGAUCAUUGGUUGUGAUGGUAUUUGGGAUGUACUGUCAAGCCAGGAUGCUGUUAGUCUGGUGCGGCGUGGAUUAAGAAGGCAUGACGAUCCUGAACAAUGUGCCAGAGAGCUAGUCAAGGAAGCUUUGCGCCUACACUCCUCAGAUAAUCUUACUGCAAUUGUUAUCUCCUUGUCCCCUGUCCAGAUUGUUGAGUCUUGUCUACCCCAAAGGCGAAGAUUCAGAUUUUGCUCCCUGUCUGAAGAGGCCCGGACCAGGUUGAGGAGCUUGCUAGAGGGAAACUGAAUGUAAAUAUGGUUUUCACGAUUCACAAUCAUUCCUUUCAUGAAAAGAUUGAUUUGUGUUUGUAGGCUGUUUUAGGUUUAGAGCCAAGCAGUCAACAGUUUUGUAGUGAUAGAAAAGGAUAAUUGUUGGGAGUUUAGAACUAUUUAAUUUAGGGAAUAUAUCUCGGUUAUUUUGGUGGAUGUUGAGAAACGUAGCUAGCUAAUUUUGGCGGGAAAACUGGAGGAUUUGAUUUCAGAUCAUUGUAAGAUCUGUAUGUUAUGAGAUGAUUUAGACUUCUCAGCAAGGUUGUAGGUGAAUGCAUCGACAAAAACUAGUUAUUUUCUUGAUUGUUGCAUUCAACAGAGAUUUGUUUAUGGGAUGAGAUAGUUGGUUA